AUUGGCGUGAAUGAAACUCGUUCAGCUAGUGCCGAGUCGUGGCCGCCCUUGUCGUCGGGUACAGGGAGUAUUUUUUCUUUGAAGUCGCCGGCAUGUGCUGUGGAGCGAUUUACAUACAAAGCAGAGGGUGAACCUUCGCGCCUCUGUGUUCUCCGUCCCACCAAUAAACGUUCAAUCUCCUAUCGCUCCAGUCUCCUCCCGUCACGCACCACACCUCAGUCCCAUUCCCGUACAGUCUUCCGGUCCCCUCACGCACGCUCUACUGUCGAAAAUCCACUGUGCCACAAUUGCAAGAAAGCUCUCAAUGCUCCAGAUCCUCUUCCCUCUGAUCCUGCUCAAGAGCAUGUUCCCUCCACGAGAUUAAGUAGACGGGGUGAUCGACUGGACAACUCGCAGACGGAAGCCAAAACGAUGCCCUCCAUCAAAAAGCGCCGUUCAGAAGAGGUUGAUAAAGCUGAACACACCAAGGUCAAAAGACUCAGGCAUGCUGAUGAGUCACUUCCAUCAAUUUCUAAAAAGAAAUCCGAAGUUGCACAGGAAUCCGCCCCAUCACCCUCAAUUGUGCAGGUUUUGACCGUGAAAAAACACAAAGAAAACGUUGGUGCACUUUGUACAAAGGAUUCAAUCAAGCGCCAGGCGGGCUCUGCACUCAACAAGUUUUCAGUAAAUGAGGACCCUCCUAGAACCGCCACAGGUACUGCAUCUACACAUGAUCGCCACAAGAGUUCGCACGAAAAGUCGAGGCAUCGGGAUCGGCAAACCUCUCUAUCGAAGCGUAUCAACGGUACCCAGGCCCUAUGCUCAAUCAAAGAGGGAGGGUCUUCUCAUACGACGGAUUUAGAGAAACAUGAGCCAGAAAAGCCUCCUGGGUCUGAGCCCCCUAUACCUCCAAUAAAAAUCAAAAUUAAUCGUUCCCUUAUAUCAGCUGAUGGAGGCACUGACUCUGAUCAAAGCAAAGCCUCAGAUAUGCUAAGUGAAUACCGAGUGGAGGUUGUGCACGACGUACCUGAUGUCUCCGUCACUGAAUCCGUGAUGUGCUCGCAUCGGCAGACUUCCCCCCUCCUUUCCAUUAAAGAUCCCUCGGCAACAGAGCCAACAUCCUCGAAUUCCCCGCUGUCUGAAGUGACUGGGCCCAUAUCGCCUCAACAUCAGGAUGCUCCCUCGGGCAAUGAGCGUCAAGUGAAGCGAUAUCGACUUCCCUCGGAUCCCUCAGUAACAUUCCGAAUUGAUGAUGUGGUGUGGUGCAAACUGUCUGGCUGGCCAUGGUGGCCUGCGCGUAUAAUCAGCCUGUAUCGUUCUCCCUCCUCAUGCAUGGCAUGUGUGCGAUGGGUUGCCUGGAAUCAAAUCUCCCAUUUCCCUUGUGAAAAAAUCUUUCCAUUCCUCGCCGAGGAUGAUAGAAAGGUAGAUAAACGACGAAUGAAAAAACAAACAGCAUACAAAAAGGCGAUUGAGGAGGCCCUAUCAAUGGCGCGAAUGCGUGCCGCACAAACACUUAACGACGAUGCAAGUGAUGACGACACGUCUGUCAACAGUAGUGUAGCCUAUGAAAGGCCUUCAAGCUCAAAAAUGAAGGCUGCGUGCGACGAAAGUGAGCGUAAGAUAGCACCAUCAGUGAACGGAUUCCCACUUGUAUUUCCAUCCGAUGAAUCGGGAAGUGAAUUUGAUGGCGGUGGUCCGCUCAUGAUUGAUCAUGUUCCCGUGCCCACAAAACCACCCCUUGAGGGUGAAGUUGCCGAGCCGCGAGUUGUCUUCCUUCCCACACCCUCACAGUCAUGCUCGAUUUUGCAGUAG